AUGCCGCCCUCACCUGUCCACACGACGCCGCCGCACACGCCCCAUCCACUCGCCGAGGGCACGACGUGCGCUCCUCCACCUCGACCCGCCUCGCCGCCGCCCUCGCCCGUCUCGCAAGAUCCUCCCUCUCUCGCCGCCGCACCUCCUCGCCCUGCACCGCCAGUCGAGCCCUUCUCCCCUCCACCCUCGCCCGUCCUCUACCGCCCACCGCACCUACGCCAGCCGCCCCUCCCGCCGACGCACGACCCUUCCUCGUCGACCCUGCCGUGGAGGACUCGGCCGCCCUCGCCGACGACGCCUCGCUCGACUGCGCGCCCGCUCCUCGAGGCGCACGGAGACUCGUUCGUGUCCGUGUUCGGCCUGCUCGGCUUCAAGGUCAAGGUGUUCAAGUACAGCGGCGCGUCGGCGAGGGGCCUGAACAGUUCGACCUCGAAGCUCGGGGUCGGUCCGCAACUCGUCGCGAGGCUCGAGGCAGAGCGGCCGCCGCACGUCCUCCUCCAGUUCGCCACCGUCGACCUCGCGAUCAACUACCUGUGGCAGCUCAAGGCCCGAGGCGCCGCCGCGUCGAGCCCGGACGCCUGGACCGACAAGGUCGUCGCUGACUACACGGCGUUUCUCGCGUCGCGCAUCGUCCCGCUCGCCUCGCGCGAGCGCCUCAAGGUGUACGUCGUCGCUGCGUGUCCGCCGGUCGUCGAGGACCGCUACCUCGAGGCGAUGGCCGACAAGUACCUCUUUAAAGCCGCCGACGCACGCACCCUCCUCCCACUCUCGUCCGCCUCGCACCCUCACGACCUCGACACGCGCUCGCGCAUGGUGCGCCGCUUCAACGCCGCGCUCGACGCUUUUUGCGCCGAGCACGAGUGCCUCUCGUUCGUCGACAUCACGGAGGAGCUCGUCACGAGCGGCGCCGAGGAGGGGCAGACGCCGAGGGUGAGGGAGGAGUACGUCGACCGGGUUGACCCGACCAACGUGCACCUCCUGUGGGAGCCCACCCUCAGCCUGUGGGUCCGCGCCGUCGCGCCGCUCGCGCACCUCGCCGCCUCGCUCGACGCCGAGCGCCUCGGGCGCAGCGCGGAAGAGUACGAGAGGGAGAAGAGGGAGAGGGUCGAGAGGCGCGGGAGCGGGAGCGGGGCUGGGGCGUGA